GUGAGCGGGCGGGCGGGCGCGAGUGUGGCCGCCGCGGAGCGCGAGCAGGACCCGGCGGGCGCGCUCCCCCAGCCUCUCUCUCCCCGCCAGAACCAUGUCGGGCAGGUCGGUUCGAGCCGAGACCAGGAGCCGGGCCAAAGAUGAUAUCAAGAGGGUCAUGGCGGCUAUCGAGAAAGUGCGCAAAUGGGAGAAGAAGUGGGUAACUGUGGGCGACACAUCCCUGCGAAUCUACAAGUGGGUCCCCGUGACGGAGCCAAAGGUUGACGAUAAAAACAAGAACAAGAAGAAGGGCAACGACGAGAAGUGUGGCUCAGAAGUGACCACCCCGGAGAACAGCUCCUCCCCGGGAAUGAUGGACAUGCAUGAUGAUAACAGCAACCAGAGCUCCAUCGCAGACGCCUCCCCCAUCAAACAGGAGAACAGCAGCAACUCCAGCCCUGCUCCCGAGCCCAACUCAGCUGCGCCCGGCGAUGGCACUGACACCAAGGUGGACGAGGCCCAGGCCGAUGGGAAGGAGCUCCCUGGGGCCGAAGAUGCUUCCGACGAGCAGAAUUCACAGUCUUCAAUGGAAAACUCGAUGAACAGUUCGGAGCAAGUCGAUCGGCAGCCGUCUGGAGAUGCGGGCCUGGCUGCAGAGACAUCCACAAUCUCUCAGGUACCUCGAUCGAGGUCUCAGAGGGGCAGCCAGCUCGGCCAGGAGCCUGCUGGGGUGUCGGGGGAUCUGGAAGGAGUGCCACCCUCCAAAAAGAUGAAACUGGAGGCUUCGCAACAGAACUCCGAGGAGAUGUAGACGCCGAGUUCAGUCCUCUGAUCCACGUCUCACGGGAGAUCCAUCAGCAGGCUUAGUUGUUGAACAACCUCACCCGAGCAGAUCCCUGUCGGGUGCAAAGGGAACUACUAACUUAACAAGUUUACCAAGUGCAAAUCCAAGAAAACCUAGAACGGCGUAACUUCUCAGACACUGAAGAACUUUCUGCUGUGAAGCAAAACACUCGAAUCUUGAAGUGACUUUCCUGGGGAAGGCGAGGUCGACAGCUCAGGAGCGUCUGGACACUGUCUCUGAAGCCAAGACUACAUUUGUGUUGCUGCUGUAUUUUUUUUUUUCCCUCCCCACUCCUCUAUUUAAUGAUAUAAGCUAUUUGAGGGUGGUACUGAUCAGGAAUUCACUUUUCAUCGGGGCUUUUCA